GUUUGUUUGCUUUUGGGGCCUAAAACCUUCCCCACUAGAUGAUGAGAUAAUCAUGUACCCCCCAAAACCUCAUUUUCAAAUGCUGGACACCAAACUGGGUAUAGAGAGAAAGCGGGGCCAGUGGGAGUGUUAAAAAGGGAAAAAGAAGAAGUUACACAUCUCUUUUUUAUCCAAAGUUUGAUGAUUGAUUCCAGUUGGGUUAUCUUAGAAACCAACUGGGUUAAAGUCCAAAAUUUGGGUUUCAGGAUGAGAUUUUUUAUAAAAAAGUUACAAUCUUGACACCUUCUUUUGGUCUUACAGAUUUUGAGGCAAGGUUGAGAGAGCUAGGCAUAGAAAAAAGCCAAUUGUUUUACUUACUUCAUUUAAUGAUUCCCUUACAGGUUGCGCAAAAAAACACUGGGUUGGGUUCAGAUUGUUUGUUUUGGCAUGAUUGCUAAUCCUUUUUUGUGUUGUUUCAGAAGAAAGGCUUGGUUUUUGAUGGUUGAAGGAGAAAACAAACUCCUCAUAUUUGAACUAUAAAGUGGAUGGUAAAGAGAGAAAGCAAAGGUGUUUGGAGUUUGGACCACUUUGCUUUCUUGGUAUGGUGCUAAUUGGAGCUUGUUUUUGUUGAGAAAUGAGUUUUCUGCUGAGCUUGUGUACUUGGUUAGGUGAAGAAUUUUCUUGGUUUCAUUUUGGCAAAUUUGAAUCUGCUCUGGAAUUUUGAUCUUGGGGUCACCUUAGAGGUUCUAUUUUCAUGAGUUGUUCUUCUGGAACUGGGAAUUUUGUGAAGCUCUCAAGGCUCCUUGGGGAAAUACGUAAGUGUGCUUUGGUCAAGAUGUCUAUGAACGGCAAGCUUUCUGGUUCUAAUUGCAGAUUAUCAGCGAAUUUCAGGCUGAAGAAGGCAAAAGAGACUAUGCAUGGGCCCAAUUCUUUCAGGAAAUGGAAGAGAAACCUUCUCUUUCUCUGGCUUUUAGGCUUUGUUUCGACAGGAAUUAUUUGGUUUUUCUUGAGUUUCAAUAGUGUAGCUUCGGAGAAGAAUGAGAAAAGUCCUGAUUCUUGUGAGGAGAAGGCAAGAAUCUUGCUCCAACAUUUCAAUGUUAGCAAGAACCAGUUUCAUGCUCUAGCUUCUUUCUUCUACGAAUCAGAUCAGAUAAAAUUCCUCGAAUGUACCAGAGAUUCAGGACCUAAAAAGCCAUCAAGUGAUGGUAUUGCCUGUGCUCUUAAGGUACUGUGUUUAGAGAACCAAGACCUCAAAAAGCAGCAGAUGUUGGUUGUAAGAAAUACAGAACUUCAGGAUCAAUGCCCAGUCCAAGUUGAGAAUAUUCCCAGCGAGCAGGACUUGUCAUUGCUGGAGCACGAUACCUUAUCAUUUGUCUCGCAAAUUGCAGUUCCAUUAGUAUCAUGGGAGCAUCACAGUGGUGGAAAGAACAUCUCGCAAAGAAGUGCACUAGGAGUCGAAUCAAAAGACAAUUGUGAGAACUUGUCAUUUUGUAUGGUGAAAGGAUGUUGGUUGCUUCUUGUUGGAGUGAUUCUGAGCUGGAAGAUUCCUGGAGUUCGUUUGAAGCUCUGGAGGAACAGAAAGAAUGAGCCAGCUCCGCUGCAGCCUGUAGCUCAGCAACUACCGCUGCUGCUGCAACAGAAGCAGCAGCAAACCCAGAGCCCUCCUAAAGGUGCAGGGAAAUGGAGAAAGAAACUCUUAAUAACAUUUGUAUUUGUGGGGAUCUUUACAUCCUUCUGGUUAUUUUGGCAUUUAAACCAAAAGAUCAUUUUAAGGAGAGAAGAGACACUUGCCAACAUGUGUGAUGAAAGAGCACGGAUGUUGCAGGAUCAGUUCAAUGUUAGCAUGAAUCAUGUUCAUGCGUUGGCUAUUCUCGUUUCCACUUUUCACCAUGGGAAGCAUCCAUCUGCUAUUGAUCAGAAAACAUUUGGUGAAUAUACUGAAAGAACAGCUUUUGAGAGGCCACUUACUAGUGGUGUUGCUUAUGCAUUGAAAGUUCUUCACUCAGAGAGGGAGCAGUUUGAGAAGCAGCAUGGAUGGACAAUAAAGAAAAUGGAAACUGAGGACCAGACUUUAGUCCAAGAUUGCCUGACAGAAAAUUUGGAUCCUGCACCCAUUAAAGAUGAAUAUGCACCAGUGAUAUUUUCACAGGAAACUGUGUCUCAUAUUGUUUCUAUUGACAUGAUGUCUGGAAAGGAAGACCGUGAGAACAUCCUGAGGGCAAGGGCAACUGGAAAGGGAGUAUUGACAUCUCCUUUUAAGCUGUUAAAAUCCAAUCACCUUGGUGUUGUUCUCACAUUCGCUGUUUAUAACAAGGAUUUGCCUCCAGGUGCUACACCAAGGCAACGAACUGAAGCUACUGUGGGGUACCUGGGUGCGUCUUAUGAUGUCCCCUCUCUGGUGGAGAAGCUUCUGCACCAACUUGCCAGCAAGCAAACCAUUGUUGUCAAUGUUUAUGACACAACCAAUGCAUCUGCUGCCAUCAGCAUGUACGGUACUGAUGUAACUGAUACUGGCCUACUGCAUGUCAGUAGCCUUGAUUUUGGAGAUCCAUUAAGGAAGCAUGAGAUGCACUGCAGGUUCAAGCAAAAACCCCCGUUACCUUGGACAGCAAUCAAUGCAUCAGUAGGAGUCCUAGUUAUUACUUUGCUUGUCGGUCAUAUCUUCCAUGCAGCUAUAUGUCGAAUUGCAAAAGUAGAGAAUGACUACCGUGAGAUGAUGGAGCUCAAAGCUCGUGCUGAAGCUGCAGAUGUGGCCAAAUCUCAGUUUCUAGCAACUGUUUCCCAUGAGAUCAGGACUCCGAUGAAUGGUGUUUUAGGUAUGCUGAAAAUGCUGAUGGAUACAGAGCUUGAUGCGAUCCAAAGGGACUAUGCUGAGACUGCUCAUGCUAGUGGGAAAGAUCUUAUCUCACUGAUAAAUGAGGUCCUUGAUCAGGCUAAGAUAGAAUCAGGCAGGCUUGAACUUGAGGACGUGCCCUUUGAUCUACGCUCUCUUCUUGAUAACAUCCUCUCACUAUCCUCAGACAAAUCUAAUUAUAAAGGGAUUGAGUUGGCUGUUUAUGUAUCCGAUCGGGUUCCUGAAGUUGUUGUUGGUGAUCCUGGACGGUUUCGGCAAAUAAUUACAAAUCUUGUUGGAAAUUCAAUUAAGUUCACACAGGAUAAGGGACAUAUUUUUGUCUCAGUGCAUCUGGUAGAUGAAGUGAAGGGUGCUUUUGAAGUGGGAGACAAGGUGCUGCAACAAGGCUUGAACUUAGUUCAGGACAUGUCGAGCAAAACAUAUAAUACGUUAAGUGGGUUUCCAGUGGUGGACAGAUGGAGAAGCUGGGAGAACUUUACAAUACUAAAUGGCAAAGACUCAAUGGAGGAUCCUGAAAAGAUUAAAUUACUAGUAACAGUUGAGGACACAGGUGUGGGAAUUCGUUUAGAUGCACAGGAUCGAAUUUUCACUCCUUUUGUGCAAGCCGACAGUUCCACUUCACGACAUUAUGGUGGAACUGGAAUAGGAUUGAGCAUCAGCAAACGUCUUGUACAACUCAUGCAUGGGGAGAUCGGGUUUGUGAGUGAACCUGGCACUGGCAGUACUUUCUCAUUUACUGGAGCUUUUGGAAAAGGUGAAGCGAGUUCUCUGGAUUCAAAGUGGAAGCAAUAUGAUCCAGUGAUUUCGGAGUUCCAAGGUAUGGGAGCACUGAUUAUUGAUAAUAGAAGCAUCCGAGCUGAGGUCACAAGAUAUCAUCUUCGGAGAUUGGGAAUAUCUGUGGAUAUAACUUCCAGUAUGGAGUUAGCAUACACCUAUCUGUCAAGCACUUGUGGCACAAGUGCAUUUGCACAUUUGGCCAUGAUUCUUAUUGACAAAGAUGUUUGGCAUCAGGAAACAGUUCUUCGGCUACGAUCUUUGCUCAAAGAUCAUAGGCAAAAUGACAGACUAGAUGUUUUGACAAACCUUCCAAAAAUUUUUCUCUUGGCGACCUCCAUGAGCCCCAUUGAGCGCUCCAAGCUUAAGACUGCUGGUUUUGUAGAUAAUGUGCUGAUGAAGCCACUUCGGUUGAGUGUCUUGAUUGCCUGUUUCCAAGAAGCCCUUGGAAAUGGUAGAAAGGAACAAGUACAUAGAAAGAAAAUGUCUACUCUUGGGAGCUUGCUACGAGAAAAGCGGAUUUUAGUGGUUGAUGACAAUAAGGUUAAUAGAAGAGUGGCAGAAGGUGCUUUAAAGAAGUAUGGAGCAAUUGUUUCCUGUGUGGAAAGAGGCCAGGAUGCGCUGCACAAGCUUAAGCCACCCCAUAAUUUUGAUGCUUGCUUCAUGGAUCUCCAGAUGCCUGAAAUGGAUGGGUUUGAAGCAACUAGGCAAAUCCGCUGUGUGGAGAGUGAGGUCAAUGAAGAAAUUGUUUCUGGAGAAGCAUCCAUUGAGAUGUAUGGAAAUGUGCAUCAAUGGCACAUUCCAAUUUUAGCAAUGACAGCUGAUGUCAUCCAAACUACAAAUGAAGAGUGCAUGAAAUGUGGGAUGGAUGGCUAUGUGUCAAAGCCUUUUGAGGAAGAGCAACUUUAUUCAGCUGUUGCAAGUUUUUUUGAGUCUGGUUGACAGAGUUGGAGGUCGUUGAACUUCCUUUGUCCAGGUUGACCCCUUUGUCAUUUGGUUGUCUGACAAGUCACAAGCCAUAACUGCCACGAGGCUGCACUUGACCUAUGUCUUGCUCCAUGCCAGUGGUCGUCUAAAAUAUGGAAUGCUGAGCUUGCAUCCAUGGUUUUGCUAUCAAGUGUGUUGAAUACCAGGGAAGAGUAAUCAAAUUCUUCUGACCCCUUGGUACUCAUCCACUUGGCUUAAUAUAUGAUCACUUGCCAAGGACAAGGAAAAAAGUGGUGGCGUUUCCUGUACAUACCAACCAAUUUUUAUUUAAUUGUAAUUAAGUGGCCUCCAUUCUUUUUUCGCCCCCAUAUUUUAUAUGUUGUAAGCCAGACAAUAAAAUUUUAUGUAGAGUUUCCAUGUUUCAAGCUCUUGUAAAAUUAGUGAUUCAAUUUAAUCCAUCCUGUCAUCUUUUUGUGUUGGACAAUCUGCACAAGGUAAAAGGAUCGAGGUAUGAAGUAUUCAUCCUAUUCGACUCUUAUAUGGGCAUUUUGAGAUGUUAGUAUGUUACCCUUUUACAUUCAAAUGGACUUAAAAGGGCGAUAUAGCAAAUAACAAGAAUGUUGCUGGUUGGAUAUUCAGUGAGGCUUGAGCAAAUAGCAAACUCCCCCAUCAGAGAAAUUAAAGCUGGCAACACAUAUGGCUAUCUUUGCUGAAAGAUUGUGUUCCUCUUGAGUCUUGAAUGCUUCGGUUGUUUGCUAUGAAGAGGUCCCCUUGUUGUAACCAUGACUUUCCAUUGUCCAUUAGUAUUCUUUUCCUCUUCUUGGUACAAUCGGUGUAACCUAAUUGUAGCAUGUAAUUUUGCGGUGGUUGUAAGUAUUCAAUUGCUUGAUUGGAUUAGCGUUGGUAAACUUGUUCUCUCCUUUUUAUCUGAUGAUGUUGCCAAGCUUUUGUGGAUA